GGCUCCGGCUGGAUCGUCGUCGGUUGCGGAGAUUCCCCUCCCUCCCCGUGCGCCAGCCUAGCGCACCGCACCAGACAAGAAACAAAGGGAAGGGAGGGAGAACCGAGAGCGGCGGCGACACCGGCGAGAGUGAGGGACGACGAGAUAGAUUCAUAUACUCCUACUAGCGGAGGGAUAAAGCGAGCCAAGGGAAAGAUGCGGACUCCCGCGAUGCGCGCUGCCUAAAAGUUCCAUUCCUUCCGGCGGCGGCGGCCGGCAAUCGAUGGCGAUGGCGGCUACAGGAGAAAAUCACCGCCUUUAUUAGAGAGAGAACUGAGAAGAGAUCCUAUUCCUCUCCUCGCCUCCGGUUGCUUCUGCGUGCGCCCAGGCCAAAGGAGGGGAACCGGCAAAGCAAACUACAGACGCGGUCACGAUAUGCAGGCCGCCGCCGCCUCCCCAUGGACGAUGAAGACCCUGCCGAUGCUGGGCAACCACCUCCGCGACCCCACGCGCCUCGCCGGCGCCUCCUCGUCCUUCCACAGCACGCCCGCCUCCUUCGCCAAGUGGAGGAAUAAAUGGGACUGCCACAAGAGCGAAAAAGGAGCACGAAAGGCAUCCAGGAAUUAUGAGAGGUACGUGGUUCGGCAAAAACGAGCAGAAGGAAAGAAGGCUCUAAAAGAUUAUCUUCUUUAUGGAAAGUCAUCGCCUCAUUUGCAGGAUGGAAGCACAGGUAGCUUUGCUAACUCGCAUGCAAUUCCGAGGUUCAAAACGUUUAGGAAAGGACCUCAAACUCACUGGUCAUCGAAGUCUCAGCAAAGUGUACACAAUCAAAGAAAGAGUAAAAAGGACAAGGAAAGGUUCUGCAACUUCUUCCAUGAGGACCGUUAUGUGCACCCUGAUGACAUCUUUGAAGCCAUCUUCGGUGCACAUCAUGGUUUUACUUGGUCUCACAUAUCGUGGGAGGGUUUUCACUUCGGGGACAAAUCGUUCAAAUUUAGAUGGAGUGGUGGUGAAUCACGCAAGCAGAGAAUUCCAAGUGACAGCGAAGACGAAGAAAGCGAGGGAAAUGAGAGCAGGGAAACAACCAGCGUUGGUUCACAUGCGCACAGGGUCAUCCUUGGAUUACCACCAUGUGGUCCACUAACUCUAGAAGAUGUUAAAACUGCUUUCCGGGCAUCUGCUCUGCGGUGGCAUCCUGACAGGCACCCAGGGUCAUCACAGGCCAUGGCUGAGGAGAAGUUUAAGCUGUGCGUGAACGCGUAUAAUUCACUCUGCAGUGUCCUCAAGGCUGCUUAGUGUCGUUGCGGUCUGAAGCACGGACGACGAUUGCAUCUUGCUAUGGUUGGAGGAUGUUAACUUGUUUUGGUGUAUCAGUUUUGAACACUUGAGCAAGGAAAUCACUGGUGAUUGCGGCUGUUGUUUUUGUUUCACCUUCCAUUUCUUUUGAGAUAGAUAGGUACAUCUAUGCCAAGGGCCAAGCUCCGACGUCGGAGGGAUGGGAGCCAGUGUUGUUGUACUAACUUGUACACUAGUGUCAAAUGUAACAUUUGAUUCCUUCAAUCCUUCAUUUGAUUCAUAAAAGUGGAAUAGAUAAAAAUACCAAGAAACAUGUGUGGUCUCCUGCAAAUGGGAUUUCUAGCUUUGGACUUGUGGUGU